UUUCGUGGCCGGAAGUUUCUUUGUUGUGUGGAAACCGGGAAGACUGAGGAGGAAUCUGAAGGGAGAGAGAUGGGUUGCGAUGGGGGAACCAUCCCCAAGAGGCACGAGCUGGUGAAGGGGCCACGGAAGGUCGAGAAGGUUGACAAAAAUGCAGAAUUAGUGGCUCAGUGGUACUACUGCACUCUGAGUCAGGAAAAAUUAAGCAGACCUAUAGUCGCUUGUGAGCUUGGCAGGCUAUAUAACAAAGAUGCAAUCAUUGAAUUUUUGCUGGAUAAAUCUUCUGAGAAAGCCAUUGUGGAGGCUGCAUCCCAUAUCAAGAGUAUGAAGAAUGUCAUAGAACUGAACCUCACAGAUAACCCGGCUUGGAAUGGUGACAAGGGGAACACGAAGGGGGAUAAAUACGAUGACCUCCAGAGUGCACGUUUUAUUUGCCCUAUAGUGGGAUUGGAAAUGAAUGGAAGGCAUAGGUUUUGUUUCUUGCGAAACUGUGGGUGUGUGUUUUCCGAACGUGCCCUCAAAGAAAUUAAAACAGAAGCUUGUCAUAGGUGUGCUGUUCCUUUUCAAGACGAUGAUGUGAUUGUACUUAAUGGAACCAAAGAAGAUGUACAAGUGCUGAAGACAAGAAUGGAAGACAGAAGGCUUAAGAGCAAAUUGGGAAAGAAACCCAGGAAACCAAAGGGAGCAGAAACUGUUGUGAAAUCAGAUGCUGUCGAAGACUCUCCUGGGCCAUCUAAAGCCUAUACGGAAAAGGAUGCCACAAGCAUGAAUUCUGGUGAAAAGAGGAGCAUAGCCUUCUGCAAGGGCGCAGCAGUUGAGGGAAGCACAUUGUCUUCAUCCGGAAAAGGCAGCAAAAAUGCACCUGGGCCCCUCAAGCGAUCCAUAAUAAACCAGGAGGAGAAAUCAGAAGUGUACAAAUCUAUUUUUACUUCCCACAGCUCAGCCAAACGCUCCAAGGAAGAGUCUUCCAAUUGGAUUACUCAUACAGCUUACUAUUUCUGAAGCAAUCAAGUACAGGAUUCCUUGCAAAUCCUGCUUUCCCUCUGAUGAGGAAGGUCUCUGUAAUCUGGUUUUGUGCAGCUUGCCAAAUUAUCUGUAAAUUCAAAUGUAGCUAAGAAAAAAAGAUUGUUUGGUCUGGCUUUGCUUUUUUAGAAGAGGUGAUAUGAACUACCCUUUUUCAAGACUGAUGUAUUUCUUUGAUGAUUUUACUUGGCCUUGCUUCAUUUUCAUAAUUGGUACACAUGUAUCCUAUUAGUACAGAAACAGAAGGCAUGACUCCAGCACCCAGGUUGUCUGUCCACCAGCCAACUUCUGGAAGGCCAAUUAUCCUGGUUAUCAGCCCUGUUUGGGUAGGAAAUUGUAGGCUGGGUUCCCAGAAAAGUAAGGUAGGAGUCCAGCAUCUCCUCCUCCCCUUGCCCAGUUUUAUUCCCAACCUUGCAUAGGUGGGUCAGGAUACAAUCUGAGAGGGUUCUAUCAAACAGGACAUUUGACCAACCCCUUUCCCUAGCAGAAGAUGGCUUUAGCGAGGCCUCCUUUUCCAUCUGCAAUAAUCCAGUGUACAAGAGGACCAUGGGCUCUUUCAGAGUAAGGGGAUGAACAGAAUUACAGGCUCUGUAACAACUGUACUCUACUGACUAGUAACAUGUAUAUCUCCUCCAAGUUUUUCAGGUGCAGAGUAUUGCUAAAUAUUUCCAUUCUUGUUACUGUCUUUUGUUACUUCCUGAUGUCUUUUUCCUUACAAAUAAAACACAGUACAAUACGGUGGUUCCUAAAAUGUGGUGUGCUUAUUCUCCCCUCUCUGUUUCAAAUCAUUCCAAAGACCUAACCCCACAGCAAAGACGUGCCAUUAUUCUUGAAGCAGUUUUCAUUUGCUUGUUUGUUUUCCUGUAUAUCUCCUGCUGACUUUUCCUAUCCCUUGUGCCACGCUAAAGUAACACUGCUAUUUUUCAAGGCAUCCUCUUGGGAUUAGUUUGGCUCGAAGCCUCCCAAAUCCCUGCUCCUCCUUCGCCCAUGGACCACAUGCCACUUCACUGUGUGUCUCUAACCCCACCUCAAGUUACUGGCCCAGUCCCUACCUCUCAGUGUAUCCUACUUCACAGAGCUAUUGCAGGGAUAAAAUAAGGGUGGUUUACUCAAACUUCUUGGAAGAAAAAUGGGAUAGAAAUAGGUGGUUUGCAUUGGGACCUACAAACUUACUCUACUUUUCAAGACCCUCUUAUCAAGUAAGCUACUUUUUCUACCUCCCCAACGUAAAAGGCAAGAAUCAAUUAAUAUUGAAGAAGAGUAAUGUUUUUAUUUUUCAUUGCAUGAAGAAGGUUAAUUUUUUAAAAAUUUUCAUUGCUAGUGUACACAAGUAUAUAGCAUUCUUGAACCAACAGGACGUGCCAGUGGAGCGAAGUGUCAGAGUAGGGUGUGGGAGACCUGGGUGUGAAUCCGCACUCAGCCACGGAAGGGAGUUGGGCCAGGCACACACACUCAACCUAAGGAAGAUAAAAUGGAGGAGAGAGGAACGAUGUAAGCCGAUUUCAGUCCGCACUGGAAAGAAAGGUGGGCUAUACCAUAAACGAAGUAAAUAAAUUUCCUGGCCCUCUUGCGCAUUAUGCGCAGAGGCAAACCCAAACCUGCCAUCAAGCAUUGCAGAAUCUCCUCUCUCGGCUCAUCUUCUUCCGUCUCCAGCUUCCUGGUCUUGCGCCCCACUAACAAGAAAGUUGCAACUAGAGCCAUGAGCAAACCUUUGAGAACAGAUCUAGAAAAAAGAAAGCAGCAGUAUAUGGUGACGGCAGCGGGAGUGAUUUUUGCAGCAAAAUAGAAGGUCCAGAUUUGAAGGAAUGGAAGAAUAAAUUAUAUGAAUAUACGAUUAUGGCAAAAUUAACAUCUUGUUUACAUAACAGACCGGUCUCAGAAUUUCAAUAAAAAUGGAAAGUAUUUAUUGACUAUUCAACUACAAAAUCAAGAAUCAGUAAAAAAUUUAAGCUGAAAUUAGAAAAGAGAAAGGUCGGCAAUACAUGUUUGUAAUGCAUAUUUAUAACAAAAUUAUUACUGGAGAUGAAGAUAGAUGGUAAAGAUAGAAUAGAAAUAUUGAAACAAAUGAAAAAUCAAGAAUAUAUAAGGCAGGUCUACACAGAUAUGUGAAAUAUAUGAUUUGAAUGAUUUUAGUUUCAUUUUAUGUUAAAAUGUGUAUGUCUAUGUUUUACGUAGAUAAAUGUAGAAAUAUAUGAUAGUAAAUGUAUGAUUAGGUGACUGUAUGAUU